AUGGAGUAAUUGAAGUUCAGAAUGCUAUAACCAAUACUUUCUUAAAGAAAGAGCACGGACCUAUCAAAUAAAAGAAUAAAACAAGAUUCCCUCUAAAGCAUAAAUAUUGUAAAUAGUCCAAAGCCCUUUUCAAAUAUAUCAUAUCGUAAAAAUCACAAGCACAAGGCUCUUUCACAAGGGGUAUAUAAUAUAUCAAUGUAGACCUUCUAUGGAUCUCCAUUAUUAGGUUAAAAUUAACUAGAAGCAAUCGAUAAAAUGAAAUCCUAAUAGCGUAAUGAUUUUUAUGGGCAAUUAAAGAGUUGUGAUCCAUAUUAAUAUCCAACUCGAUUAUAAGAAUUACAACUAUCUCCAAAAUCUCCUAGGGAACCCACUGUUGAGGUAAUAAUCCCUUCCGAGCUUAAAGAACCACCUAUUACUUUAGGGCGUCUAAGUGACAAUCUAUCAAGACAUAAUGCAAGAGAUAAACUUCAUAGGGGUAUUCCUUAAAAGCAUGAUAUUAAAUAGCUAGCCAGCUGGGUUGAUUUGAUGGUACUAUAAAUAAUAGAUAAAUAUGGCGACCAAAGGCAUAUUGAAUUUUAUGAAGAAGUCUAAAAUGUCCUAACUCUUUGUUUAAAAGAACUUAUAAGAUAAAUAAGCAUUGAUUGCAUUGAAAGAAGUGUGCUCUUAGAGAAGAUAUGGGCAUAAUAUGUAGAAAUAAAUUCAUCAGUUAUUAAACAAGCUUUGGAUGAAAAAAGGGAAAUUGAGAAAUCAAAUCUUAAAUAAAUCAUGAAAACACAUUAGCUCUAUCAAGUUGAGAUUGACAAUUUUUAGUUGAUCAUCAAACAUUUGAAAGAUGAUUAAUAAUAACUAACCGAAAGAUUAAUUAAGCUUAAAGAUAAUGGAAAAUAUUUAAAAAAGACCAAUAAACACUUAUAAAACAUUACGAGAGAAUUAAGAUUUUAAUUAAAUGAUGUGACAACAACAAAUAAGUAUUUGUUGAGUGAAGUUGAAAAUCUUAAAUAAUAUAUAGAAGAAGCGGAAAAGGAUAUGUAGAAUUAUUAAUAAUAAUUCAAAAAUCACCUAAUUUAACAGAGAAUUGAAUCUCCAACUUCCCCUAGAAAAAAGCCAAUAAACAGAGCUGGAACAGUUUUUCUUUCAUCAAGGCCUCAAGAAUAAUUAAAAAUAAUUAGAGCCGGAAAACAUAAGACCCUCUUUCAUGAACCAAAACCUGAGGAAAAGGUAUAAAAAGCAUUAAAAAGUGAUACUGAUUCUUCAAUUGCAUCAGAUAUAGAAAACAUGUUAAAAGAUUAAAGCACAGACACAGAUGAUUUAUAUUGCCUAAUGGAAAUUCAAAAGGAAUAAUCAACUUAAGCAUACGCAUAAGUUCCUUAAUUUAAUUAUAAAGCCUUAUUAUUGCCUGACACUCGUCAUUAAAUCAUCUAAACUGAUUCGAGUCUUUAUAACAUAGCCUUUAAAGAAACAUAAACAGAAUUACAAACUGAAAUGGUUGAAGUCAUAAAAACUGAGGAAGAAUAAUUAAUGCAAAUACAAGAACAUCUGAUGAAAGUUUCUGCUAACUAUUAAUCAAUAUAAGGGGAAUCCUCAAAUGAUGAAAGCCCUAGGUCUAGAAGAAUUUCUCAAUUCUUUUAGAGUUUAGGAGAGGCAUCUAGCAAAAUGAAAUAAACUGUAUAAAUGUAAAGGGAAAUCAGAACAAGCUUAUUAUUAGUCAAUAGUGCCUAAAAAGAUGAAAAUAAUAGAAAACAAGACCAAAUUAUAGCCUUAAAAUCAAUAAAUGAUGGCUUAUCUAAAAAUGUGGAUGAAGCAACACUUGAGAUCUAAGAGCUAGAGGCUUAGCUAGACCUAUAAGAAAAAAUUAAUACAAGGCUAGAAAAAAGAUAUAAUAAAGUUAAAGAAAGAAAGUAAUAAAUUCUUGAAAAAACUCAAAACUUAGUAAACUCAUUUACAAAAACCCAAAAGUUUACAAAUAUUAUGAAAAAAAAAAUUUUGGAAAAAAAAGCAGGAUCACCAAAUGGAAGAAAAAUUUCGAGUCCAUCCCAAAUCUAAAUACAAUCUUAAAAUGAUUUACAAUCUCAACAACAAUAAAACCAAAAUUAAAAUCACCUAAGUUUAUAAUAAAUAAAUGUAAAAUAAUUGGCAAAUUUAUAAAAUUAAAAAAAUAUAAGUUAAGAAUAAGUGUAAAAUACUUCAUUGCCUAAUUAACAACUAGAAAGUUCCAAAAUUGUGGUUUCUGCUGUUUCAAAUCAAAUGGUAAGUCAAUCCCAAGAAGGAGCAUCAAUGAAGAAGAAAUGGAAUAUUCAUAUUACAAAUGCAGAUGAGCAAAAACAAAUGUCAGAUAACGAAAGCGAUUUUUCGCAGUCCCAAUUAUCUGUCUAACGUAGUACUUAUUCAGCAUAAGAUGAUUUCUAAGAUUCAAUUUCAUAAAGAAGUUUAGCCACUAAUAAAUCCGGCAUAUCAUAAGUAAAGACGUCAAACAAACCAACAUCAAAUUACUAACUAGUUCCAAAUAGUAAUCACCAAAUAUCUAAAUAAUCAAAGGCAAAGAAAGAUAAAAAUCUAAAUUAAACCUCCCAAAAUCACAUUCCUCUUGAAAGUAUAAGACUAAUAUAAGACACUUUGAGAUAAUUCAUAAAUGAAGAAUUGGAUAAUAGUGAUACGUCAAGUGUUGAUUCUUCUUUUUCUACUAAAUUGGAAGAUUUAAAUAAAAGAAAGCUUGAAGGCUCACAAAGAAGAAAGAAUGUAACUCUAGCUUAGGCUCCAAAAUUUUAGAAUCGCAACAAUGCUGAAUCAACAUCUUCAUUAAACUUUUAGAAAUCAUAAAACUUGGUUUCGUAACUUUCGGAUAAAUUUUCUCGAAAUCCUAAAAGUUCUAAUGCUAAAAUGUAAAAAAUAAAUGUUCUAAAGUUCAUAUCUUAAUUUUACUGUGAGAAAAUUAGAUAAUUUUCAAAUAAAAAUAUGCCAUUGCAUUAAAUUUGUUAUGAACAUUUUGUAAAUACUUAUGGAUUUAAGAGCAUGGCUGAAUAAAAACUUACAAACUUUUAUUAAUCCGUUUUUGCCUAUCGAGAAAAUUUUAGAAUUAAUUUAUUUGGAAGAUUUGCUGAACUUUUUAGUCCACUUACAUUAGAUGAUUUAGAAAUAUAUAUCUAGUCCUUAAAAACUCUUGAUGAAAAUGAAAUGCCAAUCUAGCUGGCUUAAGUUGUAAAUGAAAAAGGUGUUCUCAUCUCACUUGAUCGGGCUUUGGCAUGUCUAGACGCAUAGCAUUCUUGUCUCCCAUUUGAGAGCAAGGAUAGAAUAAUGAAAGAAAUAAAAACCCACACUUAUGAAAGAAAAAACAAGAUAUGUGUUGAUUUAGACUUUUUCAUUAGUAAAGUUCUCACUGGAUAUCACUAAUUAAAAAUGAUGCAUUAAGCUCAUUUUGAAGAAGUAUUCUACUCUGCAGAUAUGGAUAUGGAUGGAAUGAUAGAAUUUCAAGAAUUUUAAAAAUUAUUUUUACAUUUCGAGAUCAACCAAGGCACAAAUUUAAAUUAGAAGAUAAUCAGAAGUUAAUUCAUGGAAAGAUGUGACACAGUUUCGAAUGAGAGUGGUGAAAAAGCUAUGUCUUUCGAUAGAUUUGUAACUUUCUCUUUAGAAAAUAAUAUAUUUUCAGAAGAAAAAUUUUAGAGAUUUUCUAGAAAUGUAGAUUAAAAUGAUCCUAUUAAGAAUCUCAAUGAUUUAAAAGAGAAUUGGUUGAAUAUUUAAGCAUUAUUGAAUAAUAGAAUAGAUCUCUCCGAAUCUGGAGAAGCUUAAUACUAUUAAAGCAUUAUCCAAAAGUUAGAUUUAGCUUUAAACAACAAAGAACUUAAGGAAAGCUAUUGGAUUUCUUAUAGGAUAUUAGAUGCUGACACAAAAGCUGUUUAUUUAUCGAAAGUUGUGGCUGGUUAUUUGCCUUCCGAAUUUUUAUGUAUUUAAGAAUUAAUGAAUGAAAUUUUUGAUGAAAAUAUAUAAUACAUUAGCGAUUGA